AUGCCUCCCUCCGAAACGAGCCCACUUCUGGCGACGGUCCAGGUCGCUCCGCAGCGCUAUCGCUAUCCCCAUAACAAGCUCCGCCGAGCCUGCACUUACUCUCUAUGCCUGCUCCUCGCCGCCGCGCUUGUCCUGUUCCUCUUACCUUCAGCUCUUCUGCCUCGUGAGGGCGGCUCGCUCUGGUCCUAUCUUCCCGGCGCACAACCAUAUCCCAAAUAUUGGCCGAGCGGAAACGGUCUCGACUACGACGAGCUGACGACCAUUCUCUUGGGAACCCCAUCUGCGGCCCGCGCCCGCGAAUGGAGCAAGUACUACACUUCGGGGCCUCAUCUUACGGGCAAGAACCUCAGCCAAGCGCUGUGGACGAAGGAGCGCUGGGAGGAAUUCGGUAUUGCCGACACCAAGAUCGCUGCCUACGAUGUUUACCUCAACUACCCUCUCGACCAUCGGCUGGCUUUGUACCAGGGUGGUAACGUCAGUUUCGAAGCUUCGCUGGAAGAGGAUGUCCUCGAGGAAGAUAGCACGAGCGGUCUGCCCGAUCGCGUCCCAACCUUCCAUGGAUACAGCGCAAGCGGAAAUGUAACUGCGCCCUUCGUUUUUGUCAACUUUGGCACAUAUGCCGAUUACGAGGAUCUGGUCAAUGCCAAUGUCAGCCUCGCUGGGAAGAUUGCGAUUGCCAAGUAUGGCCGUAUCUUCCGUGGCCUGAAGGUCAAGCGCGCACAGGAGCUUGGGAUGGUCGGCGUGAUUCUGUAUGAUGAUCCGCAGACGGAUGGAGAAUAUACAGAGGCAAAUGGCUAUGAAACUUACCCCGACGGCCCGGCGAGGAACCCCAGCGCAGUUCAGCGCGGUAGUACUCAAUUCUUGAGUUUCGGCCCUGGUGAUCCCACAACGCCUGGUUAUCCAUCCAAGCCUGGUGCCGUGAGACAGGAUCCUCAUGACUUCAUCCCGUCGAUUCCAUCGAUUCCUGUCUCUAUUAACGACGUGUUGCCUCUUCUGAAGGCUCUGAAUGGCCAUGGUUUAAAGGCAUCUAACUUCAAUGAAUGGUGGCAAGGCGGUGGUCUCGCGUACAAAGGCGUUGAGUAUAACAUCGGGCCUUCGCCAGAUGAUCUCGUUAUCAACCUGUACAAUGAACAGGAGUAUGUUACUACUCCUCUCUGGAACGUCAUCGGUGUCAUCCCCGGCUCGCUUCCUGACACCAUCAUUCUGGGUAACCAUCGCGAUGCUUGGAUCGCUGGCGGUGCAGGUGACCCUAACAGCGGUUCCGCUGUUCUGAAUGAGGUGAUUCGCAGCUUUGGUGAGGCUCUCAAGGCUGGCUGGAAGCCGCUCCGUACCAUCGUUUUCGCCAGCUGGGACGGCGAGGAAUAUGGUCUGCUUGGUUCCACGGAGUGGGUGGAGGAGUACCUUCCCUGGCUCUCGAAAUCCAACGUUGCGUAUCUGAACGUCGAUGUCGCUGCGUCUGGUACCCGGCUUGCUCCCAGCGCAAGCCCCCUCUUGAACAAGCUGAUUCACGAGAUUACUGGCCUUGUCCAGUCUCCCAAUCAAACCGUGCCCGGACAAACUGUUCGUGAUGUCUGGGACGGCUACAUUGGGACAAUGGGAAGCGGCAGUGACUUCACUGCGUUCCAAGACUUCGCUGGAAUUCCCAGCUACGACCUUGGAUUCAGCCACGGUGACCAGGACCCUGUCUACCAUUACCACUCCAACUACGACAGUUUCGACUGGAUGCAGCGGUUCGGCGACCCAGAGUGGCUAUAUCACGAAGCGUGCACCAAGAUUUGGGCCCUGGCCGCCGCGAAGCUAGCCGAGACGCCUGUCUUGUUCUUCAACGCCACUGACUACGGCUAUGGAUUGGAGGAGUAUGUGGACCGGAUCAGGCCUGCUGCGGACAAACUUCCGAGCGGCUUGUCCUUUGACUUUGGGCCCCUGUAUGAAGCGAUCGGCAAGCUGCAGAAGACAGCCAUUGAUUUCGAUGCGUAUGCAGCGGACCUGACGUCGCAGCUUGCAGAGGACCUUCCUUGGUACCUCUGGUGGAAGAAAGUCCGGUUGUUCUUCCUGAUCCAUGAGGUCAACACCAAGUACAAGAACAUCGAACGCCAGUUCUUGUACGAGCAGGGGCUGGAUGGGCGUAGCUGGUUCAAGCACGUGGUCUUCGCCCCCGGUCUCUGGACAGGCUACUCGGGCGCGACUUAUCCCGGAAUCGUGGAGAGCUUAGAGGCUGGAGAUGUUGCUAAUGCUGCGAAAUGGCUUUACAUUGUCAUUGAGCGCGUCGAAGCGGCGACAAAAUUGCUCCAGUGA